CCUGUAAAAGAGGGGAACUUGCUCCCACUCUGAAAUGUUCCCACCUCUUCACUAAGCAGACACGAGUUUAGGUGCUGGGUUUGUUAAAAUAAUUUGUGUGCUCCUUGAGGUGGGAGUAUUUAACCCUAGAGGUACUGACACAUUCCAUUGUGGGCAUUAUGGGUUGCAGCUAAGAGAGAGAUGUCUGGAGCCAAGACUGCACUUUGGAGGUCCUGGUUUCUCCCAAGCUGUUUGUUCACCGCAGCUCCCAUCCUCUUUGGCUCCAGAAAUUAAAUUAAUUAUUUUAUUUUUUCUGUUUGGAAAAGGGAAUAAUGGGUAAAGAUUCUGACAGAGACUGAAAAGGAGCUUUCAUCUCCUGAGUUAAUGACAGGCUGUGACAUCCCCUGUGUGCCCCUCAUAGUGCUGAAUCAAUAGGAAGGUUGUUUUUGAUUUGGCUUUGAGAGAAAAUGAUGAAGAAAGCUGUCCUGAGAGUUGGUUUCAUGCAUAAUGCACCAGGGCCCUGUCUUCACACCUAAUUGCCAGGCAAGCAAUACCUGGAAGGUUGAAGCAAGGACUGGAAGGUUGGAGACUGGAGUUUCCGGAUCAACAAACAGCAUGCUGUUUGGUUAUAGAUUGCCUUCUUUAUCAUCUUGAUUGUACAUGCAAAUACUUGACAUCUGUGGAUGCUCCUGCCAUGAUUGGCGUGACUACAUCACUUACAAAUCAUUGUGCUAUCAGAAGUCAUACACCAGAAAAAAGACAAGGGCAGGGAUGAGAGAUGUCAGGUACUUCCUUGUUAUAUUGGCUUUUUUAGAAUAAUUCAAAUUUGUGUUCCUGGAUGAGUUAGUGGCACUUUACACCAGUGCUUAGGACAGUAUAUUUUACAUCAUGCAGGGAUGUGGAUGAGUGUUCUGGUAAGUGAUAAGUUCUAGUGUAGACAAGCCCUAGGUGGCAGUAAACUGGAUUAUAUUGAUGGGAGAGCUUCCCUGCCAACAUAGCUACCGCCUCUCCUAGCGGUGGAGAUGUUAUGCUGACAGACAAGCUCUCUCCCAUUGGGUUAGAGCAUCUUGUAUGCUAGCUUGGUGUUUUGAACACUAGCAGGAGCCGUAGCACUUCUAGUGUUCAUUAGCCCUAAUACUUAGGGCUUGUCUACACUACCCGCUGGAUCGGGUCACUCCCCAGCCCAGGGUGGCAGUUCACUGUUGUCCUUCCCAUGGGGGUGGACAGGGGAGAGUGUGUGGAGGAAACACGGUAACACUAGAGUCAAUUCUCCAGUCUCUUCUUUGUAGCUCUGAUCUCCAUUCUGAUAAGCAGAAGUCACUCCUCCCGGCGACGGCGGCUGCGGGCCCUGAGCAGGCUCAGUAAGAACUUGGGAUUGCUUCCGAAAAAAGGAAGAAAAAAAAAAGUUUCUCUGGCCGCUGGCAAAGAGCAAAAUGUGCGUGGAUGUGUCUCUGCAGAAUCACAGUUCGGGGGUAGAGGACAACAGGGAGCAUGUGCGAGAUGGGCAACUAUUGAGCAUGUGCAGUAAACGGUGACAAACAAGUCAGUUAAGCAGUUGGUUGGUCGGAAGCCGCUCGUCCUUGUCACAAUUUGUUUUCAAGGUCAGAGCUGUCAAUCUGAAUUCUAGGGUAGUGGUCAAGACAGAGCAUGGGCACGUGAGGGAACUGUUUCUUGCAUAUAUAUACCUGCCCCUGGAAAUUUCCACUACAUGCAUCUGACGAAGUGGGUAUUCACCCAUGAAAGCUCAUGCUCCAAAACGUCUGUUAGUCUAUAACGUGCCACAGGAUUCUUUGCUGCUGUUUCUAAGAAUAGGAAGUUAUAUAAAGAAAGAGGUAAAAUGUAGCAUAACCAUAAAGGCCAGUUGCCAGCAAUACUUUUAAAAUCUGGAGGCUACGUCUGAAAAGGAGAGAGGCGUGCAGGAAGAGCCGGGAAGCCAGCAAGAGUAGCCAAAGAACUGUGGCAGAGAGAGAAAAGAUAACUGGAGUAGGGCUGAGCAGACUGAGCAGGAAUUGAACAGCAGCCACAGCAGUAGUUUGACUUUUAAAAGAAAACAACAACAGAUUUAUAGUGUAAGCUUAAUAUACUUUUAAUUAUGGUUUAGUGUAUAGGAUAGUAUAUAGGGUUAGUAUGUGUACGCUUUAAGUGUGUGUGUGUUUUAAUUAUACUUGCACCUGCAGCUAAUGGGGAGGGAGGCUAAAGGGGCACCAACCUAAGGGGGCCAUGUGACCUCCCCACGUGAUCCGUCUCUGCCUCACCCCUAGCGUGGGGGCCAGGAUCUUCCCACAUGACUCCUCCCAGCCCCAUCCCUAGCCCAGGACCCCCACACUUUCCGCAUCCUGCCCUUCUCCCCCCAACCCAACCCACCUUACCUGGGACUAGGGAGGUAUCCCAAGUCUGACCCCUGAGCUCUGCACUGGGACUGGCUGUGCGGCCACAGAGCUGUGUGCUGUUGCCAGUCCCACCCCCAGAGCUCAGACCAGGGGCCAGGCACUGCAGCCACAGCAUGUUCCAGCCGGCCCCAGGCUCUGAGAGUGGGCUGGCAGUGCAGCCACAUGGCUGUGUGCUCUGGCCAUCCCAGUCCCAGGCAGUGGAUCGGGGGCAGCAUGUGGCCCUCGGUGUGACUCCCCCCAUGCAGCGCCAGUGUAUAGAUAUAUAAACUUUAAAGUAAUUAAAAUCUGUCGUCAGUGAUUUGUUGCAAACUGGCUACUUGCAAUGAAUUGCUUUGCUUGGAAUCAUUUGAACUAUAUGCUAUUGUAGUUUAAGUGCUUUUUAAUUUGCAAGUGGGAUUUGUGUCUCGGGGAUUUUGUGCGUUCAGAGUUUUAGGAUACAAUUUAUUAGGGAUUAUUUAUAUUAAUUCAUAUUAGUUAUAUUAAUCAGGUACUUUGCUUUGGAAAGAAUACAGUACUGCUUGUGUCAAUUACAUUAUCAGAGGUUAUAUCCGUGUCCUUUAGUGUUUGGUUAACAACCCCAGAAACUUUUACCUCACGAAUAACAGACUAAGGAGGCAAUAGGCAGGCUAUAAAGAAGUGCCCCCAAAGCCAUUUUUGGGGUAACAGUAACCCUGUAUUGUGGUAGGGGAGGUAGGAGAAUGGGUCAUUCCAAAGUGGCAGUUAUGGCAGUUGGACCUGGGGUUGGGAAAUAAAUGCCCUGUAUGCGGAGGAGGGGUGGGGGGGAAAUGGCUCCCACAUAAAGUGCUUGGCUAAUAAACGUGUAUUCAAGGUCAGUGCCUGAAAACCUACUUUCUCCCCCCUUGAAAUAUUCCUCCUACAAAGGCAGAAAAAGAACUGAUGGCUGGAAGUGGAAGAAAGAAUAAUUCAAACUGAAAAUAAGAACAGAUGUUCUACAGUGAGGGUGAUCAACCAUUGGGACAAAGUCCCAAGGGAAGUGAUGGAUUCUUCAGCUGCCGAUGUCUUCAAAACCUCUCGGGACACCUUUAUGGAAGAUGCUUUAGCCAAACAGAAGUUGUUGGGCUCCAUAUUGGGGUAAUACAUUGCAAUAUCAUGGCCUGUGUUAUGCAGAUGACAUAGGUGAUUGAGUAGUCACUUCUGGCCUUAAUAUCUAUGAAUUUCUGAAGCCAUUUCUUGACAUUUCUGCACCUUUACCAACGUUCCCUCUCCGUGUGGAUGUUUGGUGCAGUAGUUGGUUGUGUCAAGAUUACAAACCAGGAGAGCUUUUUAUGGAGAGGCAGACACAGCACGAAAUUAUGCAGGAAUUCUCUGCAGUAAUCGGUGAAGAAAAUUCCCUUCUGCACAAAACUGCGUCUUAUAAAAACCCUUGGAAUGAGUAAAUACAGGUGUCACUAGUGUUCAGCACCAACAACAAAAGCACAAAUUGGUUAGUUAAAAUAUGUGUGGUAUAAUAACUAGCAGCUUUUUUGCUUAUUUUACAAUUUCAGAGUGGAAGUGAACAAGUGUAACGUAUCAAUUGAGUAAAUGUCAUCUUACUAAUGGUGAGCCGCACAUCUUAUUCAUUACCCUGGAAGUUAAGUCCAAUCACAGAAAAAUUCUAAACUGUGACCUUCACCUCUUUCCACCAGCGAUUUCUGUGCACGAUGGCAAAUGUCGGUGACGUUUGAAGAUGUGGCCAUGUAUUUCUCCCCAGCGGAGUGGGCACUGCUGAGCAAGGAGCAAAGGCAACUUUACAGACACGUCAUGUUGGAAAAUUACCAGACUCUGGUCUCAUUAGGAAUCCAGACCCCCAAGCCAGUGGUGAUCUCCAGCAUAGAGCGAGGGGAAGAGCUGUGUGUCCAGGGUCCCACAGAAGAUGGAGACAUCCUGAGAGGCACCCACUCAGAUUUUCCAGAUGCUGAAGAGACUUGGGACUGGGCAGCAAUUGAAAGCUCCUUGGGUUUCUUCCUCACACAAAGCUCUUCCCCUGGAGCAGCACAGGAAAUACAUCUGUAUUCUCUUCCCCACCAAGCAGGGGCGAGGACCCUGAGCAGAGCUGAGGGGCAGACUCCUGGGGAAGGAUCUGCUAACCUAGAACCACUCAGGCCUUUCCCAGGAACAUCAGGGGAGAACCAUUCCCAGAAAACUGAGGGGGGAAGACGCCACAAGAGGCAGUGCAGGAAGGAGUCAGCAAUUCCAAGAGGCCAUCAGAGGAGAUCCAAGUCACAUCUAAAGCUGCCUGAAAAAGGAAAAGCUGAGCCCAGAAAGAGACUAUAUACCUGCCGAGUGUGCAGGGAAGAAUUCAAUGUGCAGAGAGACCUGAUAAGCCACCACUGGACAGUUCAUAGAAGACAAAAACUGUAUCAAUGUAGUGAAUGUGGGGAGAGCUUCAGGAGAAAGAAGGCAUUCAAAGCACAUGGGAAAACCCACAGAAAGGAGAGAGCUCAUCCCUGUUCUGAGUGUGGGAAGAUAUUCAACCAGUUAUCACUGCUCACUGCCCACCAGAGAAUACAUACGGGAGAAAGACCUUAUCACUGUGCUGAGUGCGGAAAAAGAUUCUUCCAAAUAACAGCUCUUACCAUCCACAAGAGAAUCCACUCAGGAGAGAGACCCUUUGCCUGCGCUGAGUGUGGAAAGAGAUUUAUGGAUUCAUCAACGUUUCGUAAUCACCAGAGAAUUCACUCAGAAAAGAGACCCCAUCGCUGUAACCAAUGUGGGAAAGGCUUCAAACUUACAUCAAGUCUUACUAGACACCAGAAAAUCCACAGCGGAGAGAAACCCUUCCUGUGCCAUGAGUGUGGGAAACAAUUCUGUCUACGAGAACAUCUCAUUAGACAUCAGAGGAUCCACACUGGGGAGCAGCCCCAUUGCUGUGCUGAGUGUGGCAAAAAAUUCAGUCUCCUUCAAAGUCUCAGGAGACACCAAGGAAUCCAUCGUACGGGGGGACCGCAUCGAUGCGCGGAGUGUGGGAAAAUAUUCAGUCAUCCAGAAAGUCUCAUUCUGCACCAGAGAAUCCACACUGGGGAAAGACUCCAUCACUGUGGUGAAUGUGGGAAAAAGUUUGUCCGUCUAGUACAACUCAGAGUCCACCAAAGAAUCCAUACUGGGGAGAGACCCUAUUACUGCACUGAGUGCGGGAAAAGAUUCACCCAAUUGUCAGGUCUUAUCAACCACCAGAGAAUCCAUUCAGGAGAGCGACCCUAUCCCUGCACUCAGUGCGGGAAGGUCUUUGCUCACUCGUCGUCUCUUAUCAAACAUCAGAAAAUCCAUUUGGAAAAGAAGCCGUACUCCUGUGCUCGGUGUGGGAAACGCUUUGCUCGCUCAGGAUCUCUUACUAAACAUCGGAGAACCCACUCAGGAGAGCGACCAUAUUCCUGCACUCAGUGUGGGAAGCGCUUUGCUCGCUCAUCCUCUCUUGCUAAACACCAGAGCACCCACUCAGGAUAGAGACUCCUGACUUAUGUGUUUGAUUGGAGAAACCUCUUCAAUCUCUCAUUUCACUCUUUUCCCAAAGCCUGUAAAAGAGGGAACCUGCUCCCACUCUGAACUGCUCCCACCUCCUCACUAACCAGACAUUAGGGUCAGUGCUGGGUUUGUUAAAAUAAUUUGUGUGGCCCUGGAGAUGGGAGAAUUUAACCUUAGAGGCACCUAAGCAAUCAUUGUGGAUUGCAGCUGGGACAGGGAUGACUGGAGUCAGUACUGUGCUUGAGAGGCUCUGGUUUCUCCCAGGCCAUUCACUCACUGCAGCUCCCAUCCUCUCAGGCUCCGCUAAUGGAAUUUAUUGUUUUAUUUCCUCUUUCUUUUCGUCUUGGAAAAUGGAAAAAUGAACAAAGAUUCUGGCACAGCCUGAAAAGGAGCUUUCUUCACCUGCAUUAAUGAAAGGCUGUGACAUCCCCCGCAUGUACUGAAUCAAAAGGAAGGGCAUUUUGCUUUGGCUUUGAGAUAAAAUUAUGAAGCAAGCUGUCCUGAUAGUUGGCUUCAUGCACAAUGCAGCCAGGGCCCUGUCUUCACACCUAAUUGCCAGGCAAGCAAUACCAGCUAGGACCGGAAGGUUGGAGUCUGGAGUUUUGGGUCACACCAAUGAUAAUCCGGCUAAAGUCAAGACACCCCUUUUCUGAAAUAGUGGAACCUGUCAGACAGUACAUGAGACGCAACAUUUCUUAGAAACAGCAGCAACAGGUGGUGUGGGACUGUGUUUUAUUUUGAUGAUGCACUUCUUGAUGAAUAGACAAGUCAGAUUUGCAUCCCCUAGUCCAGUCAUUCUCAACCCUCAACUCCUGAGGGUACUCAUUGCAUUGGCCUGCUAAACCCAGGGCUGUGUGUUCAAUCCUUGAGGGGGCCAUUUAGGGAUCUGGGGCAAAAAUCUGUCUGGGGAUUGGUCCUGCUUUGAGCAGGGGGUUGGACUAGAUGACCUCCUGAGGUCCCUUCCAACCCUGAUAUUCUAUGAUUCUGUGGUACGCAGAUGUCUUCCAGGGAGUACAUCUUCUCAUCUAGAUAUUUGCCUAGUUUCACAGCAGACUACAUAAAAAGCACUAGGAAAGUUACAAACUAAAAUUUCAUACAGACAACGACCUGUUUAUAUUGCUCUAUAUACUAUACACUGACAUGUAAGUACAAUAUUUAUAUUCCAUUUUAUUUAUUUUAUAAUUAUAUGGUAAAAAUGAGAAAGUAAGCAAUUUUUCAGUAAUAGUGUGCUGUGACACUUUUUUGUAUUUUUAUGUCUGGUUUUGUAAGUAAGUAUUUUUUAAGUGAGGUGAAACUUGGGGUAUGCGAAACAAAUCUGACUACUGAAAGGGAUCUAGUAUUCUGGAAAUGUUAAGAACCACUGCCCUAGUCUCUCUGAAUCAGCUCUCAUAUGCUCCUUGGAAUAGCCAUAUGAAAUGAAAGAUCCUUCUUCUUUACAACAGGAUACAUUGUGGUGGCAGGUGGUUUAACUU